CCCGCCCAUUGGUGUGUGUUCGAAUCGAUAGGAGGCACGCAGCCAUUACAAUACAUUGAAUUCGAACCGUUUGCAACGUGAUUAAAGGAACUAGACUAUUACUGCAUCGCUUUCUUUGUUUAAAUUUCAUUUUUUUAAACUAAAUUUGUACUUUAAAGACGGUCCUUUUGUCUGUUUUUCAAACAGUCGUAACGUAAAUAUAGUCAGCGUUGCGUCGACGUGAGACGACGCUCCGCAUUCCCAAGCGUUUGACCCAUACAGCCAUUUCCGUUUGUUCAGCGCAUUCAUCUGAACGCCUGCAUUUCGUUUACCAAUAAUAUUCAGACUUAAGAGACUCGUUUCGAUUUAGAUGGCAAGCUUCCCAGAUUUUGUCAACGAAAAUGAAAUAGGUAAAGCUAAGUUCAUCGGGGAACUCAUACCUCCUGUUGCCCCCUUUGACCAGAAGUCUGGCCGGGAGACUUGGACUGUAGCUUUUGCACCUGAUGGUUCCUACUUCGCUUGGUCUCAAGGACAUCGAAUUGUGAGACUUGUACCAUGGAAAAAAUGCUUAGCCAGCUUUUCUGCACGAAAGGAAGAUCGGUCGAGCAGUGUGGGUCCUCGACGACUGUCCCGGCAGAACAGUGAGGGCAGUCUGCUGCCAGGCGAGCCCAGAGAGCACACCAUCGACUGUGGUGACAUUGUCUGGGGCCUGGCCUUCGGCUCUUCUGUUCCUGAAAAACAGAGUCGCUGUGUUAAUAUCGAAUGGCACAGGUUCAAGUUCGGCCAGGACCAGCUUCUGCUGGCCACGGGCCUCAACAAUGGCCGCAUCAAAAUCUGGGACGUCUAUACAGGAAAACUUUUGCUGAACCUGAUGGACCACACAGACAUUGUGCGAGACCUUACGUUUGCCCCAGAUGGGAGUUUAGUGCUGGUUUCUGCUUCAAGAGACAAGACUCUACGCGUGUGGGACCUCAAAGAUGACGGUAACAUGGUGAAGGUACUCCGUGGCCAUCAAAACUGGGUCUACUGCAGUGCUUUCUCACCGGAUUCAUCUGUCCUUUGUUCCGUAGGCGCAGGCAAAGCGGUCUUCCUUUGGGACAUGGAUAAGUACACUCUGAUCCGUAAGCUGGAGGGCCAUCAUAACGACGUGGUGUCCUGCGAGUUCUCUCCUGACGGGGCCUUGCUGGCCACAGCUUCCUACGACACCCGUGUCAUCAUAUGGGACCCUCAUACAGCCACCGUUCUGUUCGAGUUGGGGCAUCUCUUCCCUCCUCCCUCACCCAUAUUUGCAGGAGGAGCAAAUGAUCGAUGGGUUCGCUCUGUUGCCUUUUGUCAUGACGGUCGGCACAUUGCUAGCGUCACUGAUGACAUGCUGGUGCGUUUCUGGAGCAUCGAUGAGAAGAGUCCUCAGGCCAUCGCCCCUCUCACCAAUGGCCUCUGUUGUGCCUUUUCUACUGACGGAAGUGUCUUAGCUGCGGGGUCUCGUGAUGGCAGCGUGCAUUUCUGGGCUUCUCCACGCAGCAUUAGUAGCCUCCAGCACUUGUGCCGCUUGACCCUGCGGCGAGUCAUGCCCACGCAGCAGGUUUAUACGCUGCCCAUUCCUUUCUCCAUGCACGACUACCUGGCAUACAAAACGCUUUAAUUUAACAUGGCGCUCUGUGAAACCAAUGAAAUCUGUAUGUGGGCCUUUUUUUAUAUGGAAUUUUUUUUAAAUGUAACAAAAAUAUUUUUCUGCGCAAACCGACUCUCUAAUGAAGGCAAGAUUGAUUGAAAGAUUCUUUUUGUAUUUAUUUAUUUUUCUUUCUUUCUUUUUUUAAGUUUAGUUUUCCUAGUUGCAAGUGUAUUUCAAUGUUUUGUUCAAAUUUGUUUUGUUGUUUUUUUUUCUUUUUUUCCCAUAAUAAGGUAGUGGCCUUCAAACAGCCUUAAUAAAUCAGCAAACCACAGUUUUUAUGGCACAAUUUGUACAGCACCUUAGAGUUGGUAAAUGAUAGGUGAAAGUGGUGCUUUCUCUGGCUCCGUUUAAGGUAUUCCUAAACUGAGUUUAAGUGAUGUGACGGGGGAUUGUCUCCCGAAUGUUCUGCAGUGUUUUCCUCUUCCUUGCUGGUUGUGAGAGGGAUUGAAGGGAAGUGACAAUGUGAAAGUGUGUAUGUGCUUGUAAUGAGCGAAAUAUAGUUGAGUAGUUCAGGGACACAGGCAGUGCCUCCCCUUGACGUGCCUCUUUAGAGAAAAUAAACAUCCACACGCUUAUGCUGCUUCGUUAAUGGCUUUCAUCAUUACAAACCUAACACUUCAGUAACACAUGGGCUAAUUUGUUUCCUCCACAAAUUUUUUUUCAUUUUUAUAUCUGUACAGAGAUUUGUAAAGGCACGUGUAUAUACGUAAGUGUGUGUGUGUGUGUGUAUAUAUUUAGCUUCAGUUUUUUUUGUUUUUUCUUCAUGCUUUCCAUUCAUCACUUUACGCCCAACACCUUCUUUCCACUUAACUCUCAAUCGAACCUCAUUCUGUUAACAUUUUGACAUUUGCCUUGUGUGUUGAAACAGAGAGCCAAAGUGAGGUUUUGUGGAGGUGGUUUUGUUUGGGCAUGUCUCAUCUACCUCUAUUUUGAGGAACCGGUUUAUUGCAUGUCCUGAAACAAAAAGGCAUGAUUCUGUUUAUUGAUUGUAUAACGCAUGUGACCCUGCCUGUCAUCUAAAGCAAUUGAAUCAAUUAAGAAUGUGGCAAAUUCAUCUGAUCAUGGUCUUGACAGGAAAAAUUUGUUGAAAAAGCUGAUGCCAGAGAUCCUUUUGGGUUCUUGAUAUGAUUGGCACAGUCAGUUUUCUCUGACCAUCAUUUAUGGCUAAAACUUGAAAGUGUUUCAAUGCAUGUCUGUUUUUCUGCUUGGGUGUAUGAAGAAUGCUGAUGAUGUUCAACAGAUUGGGUUUUCUAUAGACUUGAUUCCUAUAAAGUAGAUGUAGAAAGGAUACAUAGAUGCACUUCAGUGUUAAAACCAAAAUUCUAGCAGUUGCAGUUUUUAAGAAUACGGUGGUAGUAGUUUUCAAUCAUUAAUGAAUAUUCUAGAGAUGCUUGGAAACUAGUUAAUUUUUCCUACUGUUUCAGACAAAAUACCUAAUGCUGUGCUCAACGGGAGCAAGUGAAUUUAUCAACAAAUACUCAUUUUACUAGAAUGGACUUUAUUUUUCUUCUGCAGUCAGUAGGGGUUUUGUUUGUUGUUUUUAUGAUUGAUGUUGAAAUAAAGUAUUUUAAAUAA